AUGGAGUUUGUAACAGCACUCGUUUUCAUUUUUAUAGCUUGCGGUUGUGGAAUUGCAUGGGCCAUUUUCAAUUGGAUAGCAGUUCAUAAAAUAGAAAUUCAUCACAAACAUGAAGGAUUGACAGAAAAAUUAUAGGGAGCAGAAUAAGAGAAAAUCGAAACACUAUUGGAAAUUGGAGAACAUAUUUCUGAUGUAACAAUUGUAAUUUAAUUAUAAGGGUGCCCAAGCCUUUUUGAAAGNGCAACACUUAUAUUAUAAUCUGUUCUUGUAGCUUAUUACUCUAAUUCAGCAAAUUUGA